AUGCCCGCUGGCUCCUCGGCAACGUCAAUCGCUCUCGCCGCUUUGGUCCCUCUGCGUUUGGCCCUGCAAACGUUCUUCACGUGGGCCAGCGCUUCGGCGAUGAUGCGUCGAUUAAGAGAUCUUGAUAACUUGUCGAUAACCAACUCUACAACCGCCAUGUCCUCCCUUCGAAAUGGAACUGUCGUUGCGGAGCCGUCGAAUGCAGAGCAGCGGACUUCAAAACACUUUUGCGAUGCGGCUGCCGAUGUUGUUUUCCAAUCAUCAGAUGGUGUCUUGUUCCGCGUCUACCGAUCCCGCCUUGAGGCAAACACAGGAGGAUUUGCUCCUGCCAAAAUUCCUACCCUUGAUGAGGUCGUUGUACUCUCUGAGCCAGCGGAGGUUCUGGAACUCCUCUUUCAAUUCACCCAUCCAUCACGCCAACCAUCCGUUCUGAAUCUUGAAUUCGAUCUGCUCUUUGCUUUGGCGGAGGCGGCGGAGAAAUACGAGGUAUACGGCGCGAUGAAUACAUGCAAUAUCCGAAUGCAUUACGUAGUCGAACAGAAACCUAUGGAGAUCUUGAACUAUGCCUUGAAACAUGGCUAUACAGAUCUCGCCGAUAAAGCAGCUCCCGUCACAGUUUCCGCCCCUUCAGCGUUGACGCUAGCAGCUCAAAUUCUCACAGUCCCCGGAGCUUUGGUGGCCUGGGUCAAUUACUAUGCACAAUGGGAUCGAUUAGCGAGGGAUUCUUUGGAUUUAAUUCCGAAGAGCUCCAAGCAUGGAAGUCACCCCAACGCUUGGGCUUCGAUCACAGACCAACACAUCCGUAAAGUUGUCCUCGACCCCAGACGCUUCGAGAUCGAUUCAAUCUCUUGUAACCAAUCUAUCUUCAUUUUGAAACUAUCACAGCACUCAACGUUUCCGAUGCGCUCUCGCCACUCCGUGAAAUGCGUCUUUGAAUGUGACCUUCCCGAUGGCGCGUGCAACUGGUCAGGACAAAACGAUGUGAAAGCGGAUGCGUAUGUUGAACGUGAUGGACAGGGAAGCUUCAUCGAUGCCUCGAUGAACAUUGACUAUUACGACACUCCUCACCUCGCAACAACCGAAACGACAUCGACGAUGACGAGUUCAACGUGUAUCAGGUUGGAAGAUAGCAAGCUCCUUUCUCCGCAGGACAAUGACGUACACAGGGCCUUCGUUACCAAAAUGAAGAUGUACUCGCGUAGUACGGAGGUAUUGUGGAGUAACGAUUCCCUUCAAGGUCGAGACCGCCGCCUUCUUCUGUUUUUUCCUCUUCGUCCGGACCAUGUAGAUCUGUGGCAUAUGCAAAUGCGGCGCGACGACAACGGAGACGACUCGUACGGGCAGUGAUGACGUGUCCAGGUCGGUUUAAAGAGCGCUUCGUCUGACGUGGAGGAGAUUGGUGAAGGGGGUCGGGGUGGGCAUUCAGAAUGUUUCCCUCCUCUUCCACUACGCGAUCGCAUCGGUGAUGUACGUCAUGCCGCACCCAAAUCCAAUAAAUCCAACCCACGACCACCUCAAUGACGGUAUAUGCGUUUAUCAGGAGGCGGUGCGGAUGGAUGAAGGGGGCAGCCCAAGUCAUGAACCCCCGCACGCUAACACCUGAA